CCCUAUAUAAAUGAGUGGACAGUCACCUUGUGGACUUAAUUUACAAUGGCUAAUACCGAAAAGGUGGAUAGAUCUAAAAACGGAUCAAAAAAUGGACCUUCGCCAUCAAACAAACCUAAACCUCCAAGUCACGGGCCCAAAGUGCCACAGCCUAGAGAGAAGGUAAUACCAGUACCAAAAAAAGGAUCGGGAGAAGAGGAUAGACUCCCUUACCAGAAUAGAUGGUUCCAUCCACACAUUUCUGGAUUGAAGGCUGAAGAACUGCUCAAGGAUCGUGGAUAUGAUGGAAGCUUCCUGGCCCGACACAGUAGUAGUACUAUGGGAGACUUUACCUUGUCUGUCAGACGUAAUAAAGAGGUGACACACAUUAAGAUUCAGAACAAUGGAGAGUUCUAUGACUUGUACGGUGGUGAAAAGUUUGCCACCUUGGCUGAACUGGUGCAGUACUACAUGGAGAAUCAAGGUCAACUCAAAGAACGCAACGGAGUCGUCAUAGAGCUCAAGUAUCCUCUUAACUCCGAGGACCCAACCACAGAAAGAUGGUUUCAUGGCCACCUGUCUGGUAAGGAGGCUGAGAAAGUGCUGCUAGAGAAGGGUAAGAACAAUAGCUACCUGGUAAGGGAGAGUCAAAGCAAGCCCGGUGACUUCGUUCUCUCCGUCCGCUGCGAUGAUCGUAUCACACAUGUCAUGAUCUGCUUCCAUGAAGAGGACACAACCUAUGAUGUUGGUGGUGGUGAGAAGUUUCCAAGCUUGUCAGAUUUAGUAGAACACUACAGAAAGAACCCAAUGGUGGAAAAAUCAGGCACAGUUGUAUACCUGAAAUUGCCAUUUAAUGCCACUAGGAUUCCUGCGUCUGGAUUGGAAAACCGUGUUAAACAAUUGGAAAAGGAAAAACAGACAAAGGACCAAAACACUGUUGGAAAUACAAAAGGGGGUUUCUGGGAUGAGUUUGAGCAACUACAACAAAUGGAAGUGAGGCAUUUGUACAGCAGGAAGGAAGGCCAGAGACCGGAGAACAAGUCCCGUAAUCGAUACAAGAAUAUACUUCCAUUUGAUCAUACACGGGUGGUGCUGCGAGACGGUGACCCAAAUGUGGUGGGCUCCGACUACAUCAAUGCCAAUCAUAUCACGACAGAGGAUGACAGUAUGGAGCCAAAGAAAUGUUACAUUGCCACACAGGGCUGUAUGCCCACCACAGUUGGGGAUUUCUGGAGGAUGACAUGGCAAGAAAAUUCUCGUGUUAUUGUAAUGACAACAAAAGAGGUGGAGCGGGGAAAGGUCAAGGCGUGUCGAUACUGGCCCUGCCCCGAAGAUCCAGAUGAUAUUUUAGAGCGAACAUUUGAUACCUACCAGGGAAAAAUAACAGUGAAACACAUCUGUCAAAAAAAUGAAAGUGAUUUUAUAAUUCGAGAAUUUGAAGUGUCGAAAGACAAGUCAACAGAAGGACCAAGAAGUAUCUUCCAGUUCCAUUUCCUGACCUGGCCUGAUUAUGGUGUGCCCUCCGACCCAGGCAGUGUCCUCAACUUCCUCAACAUUGUGAAUGCUAAACAGGAAUCUAUACCCAAGGCUGGCCCUAUUAUAGUUCAUUGCAGUGCUGGUAUUGGAAGAACAGGGACGUUUAUAGUAAUUGACAUAAUUAUCAAUCAAAUCAAAACAUUUGGUCUAGAAUGUGAGAUAGAUAUUCAGAAGACAAUACAGAUGGUGAGGUCACAAAGGUCAGGAAUGGUUCAGACAGAGGCCCAGUACAAGUUUGUUUACAUGGCAGUCUUACACUAUCUAGAGACGGAGAAACAACGCAAGCGAGCUGAAGAACAAAGCAUUGGACGAGAGUACACCAACAUACAGUACACAGAGGGCACUCGAGUACAGCCCCGUCCACAACCAGCUCCUCAGCAACCGACACGCAAGAAGGAACUACCCAAAACACCAGAGGAAUCCAACCAAAUAUACCAGAAUGUUCCGAAGAACUUAAUGUCUGGCAGUACUAAAAGAUGAUAAUGAGUCUUUGGUCCUGGACAGGUGUCCCAUAAUUCACAACUGGCUUCCAAUCAAUGUUGAUAUCUAUGUUGAGUGUCAGGGUUGCCUGUUUAAAAGAAACUUUAUAUGGCUUUUGACGUACAUAAUUAUGAAUCUUAUCAAACAUUCUGAUUGGCUGUUGAUGAUGUACAUUUAUGUAUCAAACAUUCUGAUUAGCUGUUGAUUAUGUACAUGUACAUUUAUGUAUCAAACAUUCUGAUUGGCUGUUGAUUAUGUAUAUGUACAUUUAUGUAUCAAACAUUCUGAUUGGCUGUUGAUUAUGUAUAAAACAUUUUGAUUGGCCAUGAAAUGUUACAAAAAAUAUAUAUUUCCAAGGAUUGAGAGACCUUUAGAUGAAAAUUUAAUGAAGUGCAAAUACAUGCUACCAUGGAUACAUAAUAUUUUUAAAUGUUAAUUUAAAUUUUUGUUCUGUCUAAAUAUUAAGUGUAAAACUUGUGAUUGUAACACAGGUGUCAUAUUUCUGAAAUAUGUGUAUAUAUAUAUGUAUGUACGAAUCAUGAACCAGCAAAUUCUUUUGCCUGUUUCUGUCGAAGACAAUGUUUAGUAGUCUUUAAGGUACAGGAUAGAAGUAUAUACAGAGGAUGUGAUGGCGAUGAAAGAAUGUAUAGAGUUCAGUUGCAUUUUUCUGCAAUGAAGUGUGUGAUCAAUCCCUACUCAGGGAAGUCAGUGCUUCUCAUGAAGCUGAGAAAUUAAUCAUCCUGUAAUGUGAUUUUGAAAUUACUGAAGUGAGAAUGAAAUCAGGAACAGAACUAUCAUCUAGUACUUUAUCUUAAAGCAGAACUUUUCUAGUGCUGGUCUCGUUUCAUCUUCACUUCUCUACAUUUUCAAACUUUUAGCAAGUUUUUAUUUUGAAGUGAAAAUAAUUCUAUAGAACAAUGGGCCAUUUGAUCAGAAUAUUAUGACAGCACAAAACAAUCAGGAUGCACAGUUUUGCCAGAACAUUACUGAUCAUUAUUUCAAAAACAUGUUAAAAUGAUCAAGGCUGUUUCCAGAAAUGAAUGCAUGGGAGAGGAGGCCAUCAAGGACACCAGUAACCCUAUCACCCAUAAUCAUUUUUCCUGUCCCUCACUCGAACUAUAAGCACUAUCACCCAUAAUCAUUUUUCCUGUCCCUCACUCUAAGCCCUAUCACCCAUAAUCAUUUUUCCUGUCCCUCACUCUAAGCCCUAUCACCCAUAAUCAUUUUUCCUGUCCCUCACUCUAACUAUAAGCUCUAUCACCCAUAAUCAUUUUUCCUGGUCCUCACUCUAACUAUAACCCCUAUCACCCAUAUCAUUUUUCUUGAUCCUCAUUCUACCUAUGUUUGCUAUCAUAAGAGAGCCCUACCCACAUUUUGUCAUCAUUUGUAACUCCAUGCCCCUAAAGUCACCUCACUUUUCACCCCACCCACAUUCAUUUCUGGUGAAGCUCUUAAAGGGACUAUUUAAGUCCCAAGAUGAUAUAUAAUUCUGCUGAAAGCAUAGGAUUUAUUGUUUGGAAAAUGAAAAAGAAUUUGGGUUCUAGGUACUGGAUGAGUCUAUUUGCUGGUCAAAGUGUUUGCACUCAUUUGACAGGAACAUAUUGAAGUGAUUGAGUUUGUAGAACAGACACCUUUGAUAAGAAAACUUUAGUGCAGUCGACUAUCUCUGUCAUUGUCUUGAUUCUGUAUGAAAAGAUACAUUAAAAAAAAUUAAUGUGCAAUUUUCAUUGGACAAAAAGAAAAUAUUUAAGAAGGUAUGAAAGUAAUGUUGUUAGUCACAUAUAUUAAAAGAGCUUGUUAUCAGAUGCUUCAUUAAUGGUUAUAGUCCAGACGUUCUUAAGUCAUUGUAUGCAUUAACCCAAUGUAUAGGAUAGGGGCACCUAGUCAGCCUGAUUGUUAUGUAAACAAGUAAAGUUCAGUGUAAGGUCACUAAGAUUCUGAUAUUUGAUACUUUUAAAGAGAGGUCCUCUGUUUUUAGAAUUUAUCCAUCUUUUCCUGUCUUAAAUCAGGGUUCUAAAUGACUAGACUAUGUUGUUUUCCAAACUAUCUUGGCCUAUGAAAGGAAAGUGCUAGAAAAGUUCUUAAAGUUAAAGACGUGUUGGUGGUCAGAUUAAUUGGUAUUGGUUUUUGAAUGAUGUUAUUGCUCUCCCCCUAUCUACUGUAAUGGUCCAUUUCAUAUCAAAGACAUGGAUAGUCUACUUGAGUGAAAUAGGGAGGAGAGGUUGUUAGUGUAGCAUACUUGGUGCUCAUUUGUUAUAGAUGCUAUUGUUAAAUCUUUUUGUAUUGUUCUUGUGAUGAAAUCAUGGUGUUGACAACUCAUUGUGUAAGCGUUGACCAGAAAUAGGAAUCUAUUGAAUCAAGCUACGUAAACACAGAUCAAUAAAACGAUUAAUCGAUUAGAAAUCUGUGAUUGGUUAUAUAUAUAUAUAUAUGUGAUGAAGCUGAAAGUUUCAGAAAAGAUAUUAUUUGAAUAAAAAUCCUGUAGAUAAAUAUACAUAUUUGUUCAUGCAUGUUUUUAUUUAGAUGUAUAAUCCUUGUUUGACAAUGUGAAGUCAAAAUUUUCACUUAUCUUUCUUUUGGGUGGAAUCUAUGUAUUAUGCUGUCAACAUUUUCUUUUUUUUCUUUUUUUUUUCCUUCAAAACUUGGUCUUAUUGAAAUUAUCCCUUACUAGUAGUGUCAUAAUGCUAUUUAAAUUCUAAGGAUUUUAUCAACUUGCACGAUAACAAACCGUGAAUUUUGAUAUUAAUAGAAUUCUGGUGUGUUUCAUGUUAAUUGGAACUAAACAGUAAUGACCAUACAGAAUCACUAUGACAACCUUACAACACUACUCUGGAAAUGUAUUCAUGUCUUGUAGAUGUCAGUUACGAUAUACUCCAUUUUUUGAGUGCGAAAAGGUAAAUUUGUUCUUCAGAUCAUAUGUAUAUUAAUGCUGCGUCUCUGUCUUUUGUGACUGUAGCCAUGAGAACAUAAUGUAAAACAUCAGGAGCAUUGUGAAAAAAUAGCUGAAUGGAAAUACUGUCCAAUUUGUUGAUGAUAAUCUGAUACUCAGUUUGUACACUUAAAAUUGUAUUUUCAGACAAGAUAAAGGUAAACAGUAUUUUUUGUGAUGAAAAUUCAUUUAUAAAGAUUCAAUUUUAGAAUAUUGCUUUUGUAAAAGAACUCCAACUGUUUAAUACUUUUUCUAUAGUGAUAUAUAGAACUGUUUGACACCAAAGACAGAAUAUUAUUUAAGCAUUGAAAUACAUUGUAAAUAUUUCCCACAGUUUGAUAAAAUGUACUCAAUUAGAUAUAUUGAAAGUUCAUUAAGCACUUGUUUGGUGUCAAACUCAUUUGAUAUUGAUGUCAACUGGUUUUCUUCAUCUUUACUUAUCUGAAAUACAAAUUUUAGAUUGUUUUGUCUGUUUCGAAUUUGUGUGUAAAAGCUCAGAUUACACUGUGAAAAAUUGUUAAGGUUUUGACAAAGUGCUAUAACUUUUAAAAUGUGACGUUUUAGUUGAUUUUUGAAAAAAAAUGAAAAUUAUGAUAGUGUUAAAUCUAAACAACAAAACCUAGUAUUGAGAAACUAAUUAUGAAUACUGUAAAGUGAUCAGUUUUGAAAUGAGUUCUUAAUAGCAGUUGAUUUCUUAUGUACUCUCCAUCUGCCAUUGAAAGAUUAUUGUUCUGAGAAAAAAAACAAAAAAACAAAAAGAACCCUCCACCGGCCCCCUAAAAUAAGUUGAAGAUUUUGCAGUACUUAAUGAUAUAUGAAAAUUAUUUUGAAGGUUUUGAUAAGAAAUCAAAACAUUAUAAUAUAUAUAAAUAUUUUUGUGACAGGUUUACUAAUAGUUCCUGCACAAUGUUUAUAAAGAUCCUAUAUAUAUCUGUAAAUUGUCUUUCUGCCGUUCCCUGUGUCUUCCAGAUGGCAGAUAGAAUCCUUCACUGCUGAUGACACAUAUAGUAAGUGAGGAACUUACUAAUAAAUUACAAUACAACAGUUUUGUCAACAUUUUGUUGUCAUAGAGAUUUCUCAUGAAUACCAGAAAUAAUUUUUGUAGAAAUACCUACUGUCAAUGUCAUAUUUUUUAUAUAAAUUUGCCUCCAUUAAUUUAAUACCUUAAAUGAAAUCUGAUAGCAAGAUUAAUGCUGCAGCUGUAUACACAGGGCACAUUUGUUAAUAGAAUGUUGCAUUUUCACACUUUUUUUAUUAUUUCAUUUCAAAACUGUAAACAGAAGUGUAUGUAUAUACAAGUCUAAGAGUAAUUAAGCUAACCUUUUUACAAAAAUCCACAGGUAUACUAUAUUUUUUUGCAAUAGUGUUAACUCCUUAUAUCUGUAACAGAAGAUACCCAUCGAUGUACUUUAAAGGAAAUUGUUAAAUAUAAUUAUCCAAUGUUGUGUUUUACUCUUUUAUUGUUAAGAAAAGCACACCACAAAAAAAUAUUAAUUAUGCUGUUAAAUAUAAUUGUGUCAAAUGAAGUACAAGAUUUUUCUAAUAUCUAUCAGCUGUGUUUACUCCAUUGUGAGGACUUUGUUAUACAAGUUCUGAGAGAGUAUUCAAGAGGUGUCAAGAGUAUUAAUCUUUUAAAAGAGAACAUUGCAGUACCCAAGGCCAAUAUUCAGAACUUUAUUUGUCAAGUUAUUACAGUCUUAAUUUGAUGUUGAGGACUUCACCCAGGGAAGCUUGUUAUCCAACUGCAAAGUACUCGGAGUGCUUAAUGACAUAGCUUGUUAGAAAAACAUGCCUUUGAGCAUGUAAAGAUGUUCAUAAAUAUAAGAAAAAAUCUUCUUGUAUAUAAAUACAUUUGAUCAUACUUCAUCUUAUGUAGAAUUUUUUUUUAGAAAUAUGAUAACUUGUGUAUCUUUAUUGAAUAUUUCAUCUGCCAGUCAGAAAUUUUUUAAAUUCAAGUAAAUGAUAUUUAGAUAUAUUUUGAACUAGGAUAGCAACAAUGUGUGCAUCAAUUUAAAUUCAAACUGCUUAAAAUAUUUGCAGAAAUUACACACAGAUUUUUUAAGAUUUGGUAUUGCUUAAUCAUAUCAUUGUUAUUAUACUAGAUAUUUGAGAAGUAGAACUGUUAUAUACAUUGUAUGAAAAUGUAUUGUGACUUUUUGUUUUGGAAAUACUAGUACUUACAAAUGUGGCGUUAUCGACCUGGGAAUAUUUGACCUUUUAUUUAACCUGGUGAACUUUGAUUCAGUUUUGACAUUAUACAUGGUUGGCAUUGAACAGAACAGUCAACAAUAUUAAAGGACUGAAAAUCUGGAAUGGCAAUUAAGUCAAAUUAAUUUUGGAAAUACUUUUUUGUCUUGCGGUGAAAUCUACUUUGACAUUCAAUUUAAUGUAGAUUAUUUACUUCUUGCUAACAUAAAACACUGUAUAUAUAACGAAAGUGUGCAAAAAUAAUAAUUUCAUUAAACUGUUAAACAGUUAGAAUAUGUUACACUACCCCGUCUUGCCAAAAGGUGGUGUUUCUACUGUUAUGUACAAUUAUAGUGUUGUUGUAUAAGAAAUAGUUUCAUGCUGUUUUGUGUCAAAUUGUCUAAUAAAUCUCAUAUAUUAUAUCUAA